UUCUAAAAGGCGACUGAUAAAAACGGACCGAGCCGUUCCCAAACCAGUUUCCACAUCAGCUAGCCCCGAAAAGAUCUCCUCAACGGGAAUCCGUCCGUGGUUCUGGCCCACAAUUUACCACAUCACAUAGGUAGUUAUCGUUAUUGGAAGAUGAAGUCUGAAGUCCGCCGCUGUUUCCUCGUCUUGGCCGGUCUUGCGAUCGUGCUGGCACCGGCCCCCGCUCAGGGACAGGUAGGCGAUAUAGCACGACCGAUCGAGAGCAAAGAGCUGAAAUGCCUGGUGUGCAAAGCAUCGAUGGUGGAAAUGGAGCAGGCCGUGGCCAAGGUGGAUCCGAACAAGAAGGUCGAGGUCGGAGAUUACCGGCUCGACGCGACCGGCGAUUCGAGCAAGAAGAAAAAGAUCCUGUACGCCAAAUCAGAGAUGUACCUGACCGAGAUGAUGGAAACCGUGUGCGACCGCAUGGAUGACUACGCCAAGGCACGCUACAAGAAGUCCGGCCGGCCCAUCGUGCUCAAGAUGAUGACCGAGAGCGGCAUGAAUCCGGAGAUGUCGAAGGUGAACUUUGUGCAGGAAGGGGAUCUUAACAAGACGCUCAAACACCUCUGCCUAGAAAUCAUCGAGAACUACGACGAAGACAUCAUCCGGAUGUUCCAGGAGGAGGUGGUGAAGGACACCGAUAUCCGGUUAUGCUCACAGGUGGCCAGCUACUGUCGUGACCAGCCAGUCGCAGAGGAUUAUGAGUACGAAGAGAGCCAGGAGGAUCAACGGGAGGAGCUGUAACGACGAGUGCGAGACGGUUUCCGUUCCGAACCAUCCAGAAACCAGAGAAACGUCCACGUAGGCGAGUUGUGCAAAUCGCCAAUAAACUUAGAAACUAGCCGGCGGAUUAACGAUUGCCAAGCAACCGCAUAGUUUGUGUAUACAUGAGCCUUGUUUCGGUUCAAACGAAACAAAUUAUACAGGAUAAAUCCCAUGGUUCGCUUUUUGGGGUGCAAAACAGAUGUGCA